GAGUCUAUCUACAAAUAGAUCGUUGAGAACAGGCUUCACUAUUUGUCCAUAAAGCUCUCAGCAAAGGACUUUCUGACUUGUCCACGACUCGAAUUGGAUAAAUUUAAGAUGACCGAGACACACCACUUCCUCAAUGAUUUACCGGCAAUGCAAAUUCCAGAGACUCCACAUUUAGACAACACAUAUUUUCAUGGUGGAAUUGCUGAUAAUCGUUACCAGGAAGCAGAUCAUCGCCAAACAGGAGAAGAACGCAUUCAAGUCAUGCUAGAUAGCACCCUCAUAGGCAUCAGACAUCAACUAACGGAAGACCUAUACAACAUUAGACGUGAUAUCGAGCUGCAGGUUCGAUCGGAACAAAUACAAUUUGAGCAACCUUUCAACGGCCAAGAACCGAACAAUCACGAAAGCAAUGUUGCUCAUUUGCAUCACGAAAAAGAAGAACUGGAGCGUCAAAUCGAAGAUCUCCGAGCACAAAUGAGUCAGAUGGGGGAGGAUUAUGAGAGCCGUGAAGACUUUAAGAAUACGCUGGGCCAAGAAUUGAUGCACGCACAAGAAGAGAGUCAAGAAUUGGUGCAAGAGAUAUCUGAUUUGAAGGGCCAACUUGCCAAGCUUAAGUGUGAGUGCUGGGAUUAUCAAAAGAUGACGGAGGACCGCAUGAAUGAAUAUCGAGCCUUAGAUGAACGAUUUGGAGCCUUCGUUGGAAAACAUGCCAAUGUUCUCGGCGACCUUGAGGCAAGCGAGCAGCAGAGAAAGAAACUCCAAAACCAGAUCGCCAAAUAUCGAGACAUCAUUCAAAAAAAUGCCAAUGCUUCUGGCAGAGAGCCAGAGGAUGCAACAAUUAUCAAGGCUUUUUGCAAGCUGCGUGAAGGCGUUCAGCGUGUCAUUCUGAAAUUCUGCACUAUGGACCAGCCUCCCCGACAGGGAGCACCUCCUACCCGUUACAAAAUUUCUCUACCAAAUUUCUGGGACCGACAACUCAACUCUCGGGAGAUACAGAAUAGAGUCAGGGAGGAGGUUUUUUGGCAUUUGAGUCGCAGUCUUCUUUUUGUGAGAUCUUUCGGGCUCGAGGGCAUAGAAAAAAGAUCGGAAGUUGAAGGAAGAACAAUAGAGAAGGGACUCAGAGACUUUGAAGGUCAAAUUAAACUAGCUGCUUCAGGUAUGUCUUAAUUUCAGUUCAUCGGGUUCAGUAAUAAUCUAAUGGCAAUGAUUUAGAUCCCCAAGACCAUGUCGAUAUCGCCACGUGGAGAACAGCCACGCUCAAGUGUGCCAAAUUACUACAUGCCAAAGCCGGCUCUGAUCAUGUAGAUUACGUUACCGAAACUGCCAAUCAGCU